GAUUUGGAACCCUAUCGCUCACCUCACGCCGUCUAUCUCUCAAUCUCGCUCUCACUCUCACUCUCACGAUUCUCUCACAAUUCGUCGUCCAUGCCUCCACGGUCCAUCUCCGGCGACGUCCUCCAGACGCUCCCCACCGCAUCUCUUAUCUCCGGCGAGCGGCUGCACUUGCAGCUCCUAUAUUCUACAGCCCUUCAGCUCCAGUAGACUCAAAGUAAUUAAAAUGGAAUCAGAAGCUUCUCAUUCGCAUCAACUGCCACCUACUUCUGAACCAUCAAAGCAACAAAUCACUUCAACAAAUGAUGAUGGUACUAGUAGAAAACGAUUAGCAGAAGAUUCCUCAGAAAAACUUCCUUUAGCUCCUACAAAGAGAGGUAGAAGUCAAUAUUGGAAGCACUUCGAAAAAACAACGAAGAAAACGAGUCAAGGAGAAAGAAAAAUAGGGAUAUGCAACUACUGCAGUCACGGAAUAUGUUAUUACAGAUGAAGUGUCCUUUCGGGCUUUUGAGGGAAAAGGAUUCGUUGCGCUUGUCCAUGAAUUAGAACCAAGGUUUCGAAUUCCCGACCGAAAGAAGGUAGCAGGUAUGGUUUUUGAAUUAUUUUUAGAUAUGAAGAAGAGAAUUAAAAGUGUGCUCAAUGGGCAAAGAGUGAGUAUUUUUUAAUUGUUUUUAGAUAUAAAGAAGAGAAUUAAAAGUGUGCUCAAAUGGGCAAAGAGUGAGUAUUACUACAGACACAUGGACAUCAAUUCAGAAUAUCAAUUACAUGGUCAUGACUGCUCACUUUCUAGAUAGUGAUUGGAAAUUACUUAAGAGAAUAAUUAAUUUCACGAAAAUCACUAGUCAUGUUGGGGAAGAAAUAGGCAAGAUGAUUGAGUUUUGCUUGAGAGAAUGGGGAAUAGAAAAAAUAUUUUCCAUUGUGGUUGAUAAUGCUUCUUCGAAUGAUAGUGCGAUUGAUUAUUUGAAGAAAAGAUUGCAUAUUGAAAACACAUUGCAAUUUGAUGGAAAUUAUUUGCAUUUGAGAUGUGCUUGUCAUAUACUCAACUUGAUUGUCAAGGAUGGAUUAAAGGAGCUUAAUUGUGCAAUUAAGUCUAUAAGAAAUGUUGUUGUGUUUAUUCAUUCUUCCCCUUCUAGAUUGAGUAAAUUUAGAGAGUAUGCGGUACUAGCCAAGUUUUCUUGUAUGUCAACGGUGCUCAUGGAUGUGAAAACGAGGUGGAAUUCAACAUAUAAAAUGCUUGAUAUUGCAUUGAAAUAUAGAAGGGUGUUUGAAGAAUGGCUGACGAAUGAAUUCCUUUUAGAGAUACUUUGAUGAAAACGAUGACAAGGGUAAACAAAGAAUGGGACCUCCACUUAAAGAGGAUUGGGAUAAUGCAAAAGCAUUUGUUCAUUUUCUCAAGAAUUUUUAUGAUGUCACUUUAGAGUUAAGUGCAUCAAAAACUCCUACAUCCCAAAUGAUUUAUGUAUCUAUGUUUGCUCUACAAAUCGAGAUUGAAAAAAAUGUGAUGAUUCGGAUCCGAUUAUGUCAGAGGUUGCGAAAGCAAUGAAGGUGAAAUUUGACAAGUAAUAAAAGGAAUCCAGUUAUUUUUAUUGCCAAUAUUUUGAACCCGAGGAACAAGCUGAAAAUGCUUCAACUUAGUGUGAAGAAAUUGAAGAGAUUUGGAGAUUCUAACCAAGAGGUUCGAGAGUUGUGUGAUCGAUUUAAAAAUGACUUGGUGAUUUUGUGGGCCGAGUAUAAGGGAGUGAGUGAUACAUUGGUUACUCAUAAACCACUUCUAGAAAAUAGUGGUGAUGGAGAUGAUAUUGGUCUAGGUGGUUCGGGUCUUUUUGAUGAAUUGUAUAAUGGAGUUCAAGAAGAAGUUUCUCAAGACCAACUAAAUCAAAUAUCUAAUGAAGUGGAUAAGUACUUAGCCGAUGAGAUGGAGAAGCGGUCUAAUCCAUGUUUUAAUCUUUUAGAAUGGUGGAAAGGAAGUGGAACAAGGUAUCCAAUCCUUUCGCUCAUUGCAAAAGAUAUCUUUGCAAUUCCAAGCUCAACCGUAGCUAGUGAAUCCGCUUUUAGCUUGGGCAAAAGAGUUGUAGAUCCAUUUAGGACUAGUUUGAGUCCAAAAAUGGUUGAGGCAUUGGUGUGCACCAAUGAUUGGCUCAAAGAGGAUGAUUUUAGCUUAUACAAGGAUCCAACCGAUGAUGACCUUGCUUUUUAUCAAGAAAUUGAAGAAAUUGAAAAAAGCUCAAGUCACUCAACCAUUACUCAAGAGACUCGAGAUGGUUCUCCAAAUUUAUCUUCUACUAGUUGAUCCACCAAAUGAUAAGGUUAAUAUUGCUAGAUAAUUUCGACAAGAUGAAGGGUUUGGUGUUCAAGAAUCAAGAUCAAGACAGCUACUAGUUUUUGCUAAUUAUUGUGAUGGAGUUUGUUAAAACUUUAUGGUGUUUUUUUGUACUUAGUUGUGUUGUAUUUUGAUUAUGGAGAUAAGAACACUAUUUAUUCUAUUGUGUUGAAGUUUUAUUAA